CCUGCCAUGCAAUGGGAACAGGGAUGAUGCUGAGCUCCUGGGCCACCUCUACCAUUGAAGAAGUGGCUGAAGCAGCUCCAACUGGCCUUCACUGGCUGCAGCUUUACGUCUACAAGGACCGGGAGGUUACCAAAUCCCUCGUGAAGCGUGCGGAGAGAGCAGGCUACAAAGGGAUCUUUGUGACAGUGGACACGCCCUUCCUUGGCAGGCGCAUCGAUGAUGUGCGUAACAAGUUCCAGCUUCCUCCUCACCUCAGAUUAAAAAACUUUUCAAGUAGUGACCUGGCAUUCUCCUCGGGGAAAGACUUCGGCGAAAAUAGUGGACUGGCUGUGUAUGUAGCCGAGGCGAUUGAUGCAAGCGUCAAUUGGGAGGACAUCAAAUGGCUUCGAGGGCUGACCUCGCUGCCCAUUGUCGCGAAAGGAAUCCUCAGGGCUGAUGAUGCUAAGCAAGCUGUAAAGAUUGGGUUAAAUGGUAUCCUGGUGUCAAAUCAUGGAGCACGACAGCUUGAUGGGGUCCCUGCAACUAUUGAUGUCUUGCCUGAAAUCGUUGAGGCUGUGGAGGGGAAGGUGGAGGUGUUCCUAGAUGGUGGUGUAAGAAAAGGCACAGAUGUUCUCAAAGCAUUAGCUCUCGGUGCCAAAGCUGUAUUCAUUGGAAGACCUCUCAUCUGGGGCUUAGUUUAUCAAGGUGAAGAAGGAGCAAAAGAAGUUCUCCAGAUGCUGAAGGAAGAGUUUCGCCUGGCAAUGGCCCUGACAGGAUGCCAGAGAGUAGAAGAAAUUGGCAGGACGCUGAUACGAAGACAUCAAGUAGCAUUUUCCAAGAUUUAG